GUGAAUCGACAAAACAAUACAAUAAAAAAUAAUUCUAAUACGAACGUUUCUGAAUUUAGGAGAAAAAACUGGAAAAAAUUUUUAACAGUAAUAACAGAGCAGUAUCCAAAAUAUGGUUAUCCUUAUUGCUUCUAUCCAUACAACCAACAAAACGGUUACAUGCAACCGUUCAUCAUGAUUAAAUUAAUUAACUUAAUUCCGAAUAGAAAGGUAGGAAUUGAAUGCAAGCCUACAGCAAAAGAUCUUCAAAGUCGAUCAAUUAAAUUAUGGUUUCAAAUGAGCAGAUUCAAUCAAACGUAA